AUGGAACCGGCAUAUUUUGACAACAACGCGACGACACCUUUAGAUCCGAGUGUGAUGUCAUCAAUGCGCGAUGCGUUCGAUCUCUGGGCAAAUCCUUCCAGUAACAACUCAAAUGGUAAAGAACGAGUAUAGUCGGUUUUGAACACCAAUUUAGGAUAUUUAUGUUCACAAAAGCUUUUCGACGUGUUUUUUGACAGUUUUAAUUGUAUUAUUUGUUUUCAUUGAGUUUUUUAGCGUGUUUUUCGAAAGUUUUCACAAGUUGAAUGUCUUGAAAGUCGCAAUAGUUUUGUAAUUUUCGAGAAAAAGAGCUCAAACUAUUCUAGAAAGCCUAUACAGUGCCUACUUUAGGAUCUUUACACUUAGGAAAACUGGUCGACGCAUUUUUUCAUUUUUUGUAUUCUGGAUUUUUUCUAAUUUUUUUACGAGUAUUAUUGAGGUACCAAGAUUUGAAAAUUCUCAAUGGUUCUCCAUUCUUCAAAAAAAAGAGCUUAUACAGUGUCUACUCUAGGGUUUUUAUAAUCAAGAAAACUUUUCGACGCAUUUUUUGCACUCGGGAGAUUUUUUCAUGUUUUACAAAUAAGAUCAAAUUGAGAACUUGUUUUAGAAAAAAGGCUGAAAGCUUCCGAGAAAGCCUCUCUAAUUUCUUGAAGACGUCAGUUCUUGCAAACUUAGAAUUUUCGAGGCUUUCAGAACCUUCAUCAGUACAUCUGAUAGACUUUUAAAAAAAUCCAAAGUGGAAAAAAAAAACAAUAUAUAACUGCACCUAUAUAUUUUUUGAUUCACGAAAAGGAAAAUUCAUGAAAAUAUAGACCUUCUGGAUCCAUAAUAAAACAAAGGAUAAAUUGAAAGCUUUCAAACAAAUAAUCAGGAAAAUUAAAAACAUACUUCGCUUGCAGCGAGAAAAACAGCGUUGGCCAUCUCAGAAGCGCGGCGAGAGAUUGGGAAGAUGUUCCAGGUGACGUCGGACGACGUCAUCUUCACUUCUGGAGGCACAGAGGUUUCACGUCUUCAUUAUUCUACAAUUUUCCAAGCUUUAGAGCAACAACUGGGUGAUCGAUUCUGCCGUAAGACUUCACAAGUAUAACAAAAGGGUGGGAAAGCCUCACGUGGUGACGUCAUCCAUCGAGCAUCCGGCCAUCAAGGAGCCUCUGCUUCGCAGGCUGCGAGAUGAAGAAAUCGGUCUAGAAUCUUUUUUUUACUGUUGAAUGGAAGUUAGCUCACAGAUGUGACAUUCGUGGAAGUUUCGCCUGAAACAGGAGCCGUGAGAGUAGAAGACGUCCUGACGGCGAUGACGUCAUCAACCUGUCUGGUCACCAUCAUGCUGGCCAACAACGAAACUGGGGUACUGCAGCCAGUCGCCGAAAUCGGCGUUUCAGUACGAUCCAAGUUCGGCAACAGCGUGUUCAUCCACACCGACGCCGCCCAAGCCGUGGGAAAGAUUGCGAUCAGCAUUCCUGAUCUCCAUGUCGAUGCUCUUACUGUAGUCGGACACAAGGUAAGGCAACCAAGUUAUUAUUAAAAAUGAUAAUCUCAGUUCUACGGUCCACGUAACGGAGCCCUAGUACUGCGAUCAAGAGCCGAAGUCGCUCUGGAACCUCUUUUUCUCGGCGGCAACCAAGAGUUUGGCCUUCGAUCUGGGUGCGAAAAUAUAUAUACCAAUGAAAAUAUCCAUUUCCAGCACGGAGAACACUCCGAUGGUCGUCGGACUGGGACAGGCGGCCCGGGUUUUCAACGAGGCGUCGGAAGAAAUCGAACAAAGGCUGAGGGGCACGCGCGACUACUUCGAGGCUCAGUUGAAGGUAAGCAAGAUCCAAAAAAAAAGUUACAAGAGAGUUCAUCUGAGGAGAGUAUCCAGGAUAAUCUAUAGCUGAUUCACGGCGCGCUUGAGCCCUCGAAAAAAGGGUCCUGACACGAUAAUGCACGAGAUAGUGCUUGGCUCGUGGAGGGCUCAGACAGGUCACCUCAGCGUCCCAAGAUAUUUUCGAUGUGAUUUUUUAUUGAAGUGCGAGAAAAAUAUCUGAUAACUUCUUUCAAAGAUUUGAUUUUUCGAAAAUAAGAAAUGUUGGUUUCACAACUGAUUUGAUAACGCCAGCUCAAGAGAUCACGAAAAACUUAAAAUUUAAUUUUUUGCGCAAAAAGAGAAAUUCAGAAAAUUUCUCCUAGUGUUUUGGCAAAUUGACGGAAACCACCCCUUUUUAUAAAAUUCGGUCAAAAUCUCCUUGAAGUACUGGAUUAAAAUCUUAUUUUUUUCGAAUGAACGUCUUAAAGUUCUAGUUUCUAACAGAAUGUCAAGAGCUUUUUGAAAAUUAAGGCGGAUGCUUUUAAGACCUUCAUAAAAAACCAAGUGAAUAUAUAAUCUGUUAACAUUUUAAAUGUCAAACCGCUAAUUCCGCCCUUUUUCGCGUCGAUAUUCUAUCGCGCGGGAUCAUUUUUGAUCAUUUUUGCUCUAAAAGAUAGCAAAAGAAGACAAAAGCAGCCUUAUUAAAGGUUCAUCGUCAUCUGGAGAUAAAAAAUUGACGCGAGAGAUAUUGUAGCCUAAAAAUCUGAGCUACAUCUCUCUUUUCGAAAAGUACUCAGUCCAGGAAUGCCUCGGCGACGAACACAAAGUCCAUUUUGGCGCCUCGCCACGUCUCCCGAACACGAGUAGCGUCGCGUUUCUGAACUACGAACCUCACUCGUGCCAUCUCAUUGAAAAGUAUGAUAAUAGCUGAUUCACGGCGGGCUUGAGCCAUCGAGAAAAGGGUCCUGACAAUAUUCUAGUCGUGGAGAGCCCAGACAGGCCACGCCGUUAGCGUCCCAAGCUAGCUGUGAAUCGGCUAUAAAGAUUUACAACAAAAUCAUUUUCGCUCAGUUGCAAAACCUUUUCGGCGAGUACCGGCGCGGCUUGUCACAAAUCGGAGUGCAGGUUGCAUUAUUCCUAACUUCUAGGGUUGAAAGUUCAACUUCAGUCCGAUCCUGACAGCUUGCGGGAUCCCGUUCAGCAUCGCUUCCAAAACAGUUCGCUUCAGUUUCGGCCGGAGUACAACCAAAGAGGAGGUUUCGAUUCAAAUUUGCUUCCGAAAGAUUUCCAUGCAUUUCAGGUGGAUCUUGCUGUCGCAGAACUCGUUUCUCUGACAUCGAGAAGCAAAAAAUGA